GAUACGUUUCAAGGAUACUAAACAAUAGUUAAGCGUAGAAUUUGCGAUGAUUAAUCUUAUUUUUUAAACCAACUCCAAUGGUCCAUUUUUCAAUUAAUUCUUAUCCACCUCAAUAUUAUUUACAAUCGCUACUUCAACUUUUUUCUGUUCUUGCCUUAUUCUCCUAGUUUAUUUUGGUUCGUUUUCUUAUGUCAUAGAGAUAAAAAACAAGCAAUCUAAAUUUAAUUACAUGGUACUUAAUACGUUCACGCGCUUCUACAAAUAUGUGAUUCCCACAGUUGGAUAUAGAAAUCAGUUUACCGGGCAAAAUGUAGUAUUUGAUAAAUCUGUUAAAGAAAAACAACGCGCACGAUCAGCACUUACUGAUGAUCCUCACAUGUAUGACUACAUACGUGAAGAAGUUGCCGACCGACUAGCUGAUCGCCUAAAUGAUAUAUCAAGAAAAUUCGAUGUCGCUUUGGAUAUUGGUUGUGGUCGAGGGCAUUUAUCUCAGUUUGUCACAUCAGAUAAUAUCGGGGUUCUCUACCAACUAGACAGUUCAUCUGAGGUUCUAAAACAGAUUAAGCCAUCUGCAGAAGUUUGUACGUAUAACAUAAAUUGCCAUGAAUACUGUCUACCCUUUCGACCAAAUACUCUAGAUUUAGUUUUAAGCUCCAUGAGCCUACACUGGAUAAACGAUCUGCCUGGUUUAUUAAAACAAAUAUUAACAUGUUUGCGUAAUGAUGGGUGCUUAUUAGGUGUGAUGCCAGCAAUGGAUACAUUGUAUGAAUUACGUGUAUCAUUGCAAUUAGCUGAAUUAGAAAGAUUAGGUGGAAUCUCAUCGCACAUCAGUCCAUUCGUGGAUAGUGUAGAUAUGGCUAAUUUGUUACAAUGUGCUGGGUUCAAUUUAAUCACAUUGGAUAUCGAUGAGAUUGUAAUUCACUAUCCAGAUAUAUUUGCGUUAAUGAAUGAUCUACGAUUUAUGGGUGAAUCUAAUGCUACUGUUCAUAGACCAUUACGUUUGAAUCGUGAUGUUCUAUUUGCAGCCUCUGCAAUUUACAAUGAGAAAUUCAGUGUUCCUCGUGAAGAUGAAGAGAAUGAACGCUGUAUUCCGGCAACCUAUCGGCUGUUAUAUUUUAUUGGAUGGAAACCUGAUCCUUCUCAAAGUAAACCUCUUCCUCGUGGUAGUGCACAGUAUUCCUUGAAGGAUCUCCACAGAAUUGAUGAGUUAAUUAAAUUACAUUUCGAAAAAUAA